CAUUCACAAUGUCGCUAUAAAACUGCCAAAGGCAAAUUAUUUUCUGUCAUUUACUUUUAUGAUCAGUUACCUAUAAGUAUAACAGUUACAGCCAAGAAUAUUUUUUAUAUUAUUCAAUAGUUAACCCAAUAGAUAUCGUAGAAAAGGUAAAGUUGAGAUGAUCUAUUCAUUAGCAGUAAUGCUUAUUGUCGCAUCACUGGACAACGUAAAAUCUGUGGAAUAUUUUACGGAUUUGUUAGUGACUGCCAACACGUUUGACGUGAUCGGGUUUUUGGGGAAAGCAGUUACAAUGAAAGCCACUGUGAGCUACCCUCGCCUCAUCGCAGAUUACAUAACUUGGAUAAAGAUGCAAGGGGACAUGCCCGAGGACGGCCGAAUACAGAUAACAUUCGAUCUCAAAACAAAUGAGUCUAGUCUCCGUAUAAAUGAGUUGCAGUAUGACGAUGCGGGCACCUACUACUGUACUGUCAUGAUGACGGGAGUCAGCAAGAGCGUCGGUAUAACACUGAGCGUCGUCGAAGAAGACGAGAUUGAACACGGAGACAACAACAACUACUCUUACGCAGUAACAGAAAAAAUCAGCUCAAUCCUUCUUUUUGGACUCCUGUUUGCUUUGAACAUGAACAAUUAAACUUUUAGUAAUAGUGGACUGGAAAUGUCGUAGUCGUACGGUAUAAAAACUACUUUAACGUAUUUUUUAAUCGAAAUGUUGGAGAAAUGAACUUAAACUUUCAAGCAUGAAUGAAAAUAUAUAUUUAUAUCAUUAUUCUAUACUAAUAUAUUUUAAACAUAACGAAAUCUUUCCGGCAUACAACACAACAAAAAAUAACCAAAAACUGACGCUUCGAUGUGAACUAUUUCAAUUCAGCUUGCAAAUGAAGUUGAAAACUCGCGAAUUUUAUUUGCAUGGUUACA